AUGGAAACGCUCUCGCAAAGAAAGGACCGAAUAGGGAGGGUGAGGAGUAGAUCCUUCAAUAGCGCUGAUAUUCUGGCUGCUGCUGCCGUGUUGGUGGGGGUCCCUUUGGUAAUGAAGCCGAGAGGAGACGAAGGAGAAGGCAUCCCAGUAUCUCGGAAAGGCGCCACGUUAUUCUCUACCCCAGUAUCUGUUUGCAUCGUCGAUCUCCACUUAACGCUGCGAUGA